AUGGCCUCUGCCGCUUCCUCCCCGCAGAGGGAGCCCACGCCCUCGGCCGCCCACCCCGCGCCUCCCCCAGGAACUCCCCCCGCGAUUCCCUCCAUACUACCCCAGAAACGUGCUCUUGGGGAAGACCACAGCCCAGCUGUUUCCUCGCCGCUGAAUCCGGAAUCCAAGGCACAGCGCGUGCAGGUGCAGAUCCAAGACGACGGCCAGGCCAUGGGGCGCGAGAAGAGGACCAAGAAGGACUCGCUCAAGAAGCGGGAGUCCAAGGGUGCCACCGAUAGCGCGCGCGCGACCCCCGAUCCCAAGCCGAAGGAGCCUGCCGGCGAACUGGCCCCCAUGCGCUACAAGCUCGCCCAGCCCAAGCCCACCGACUUCGAGCCGUCCAGGGGGCCCGUCUUCGCCAGCCACCACGAGGUGCAGGACCCAGACGGGAAAACCAUCGAGUUCUGCGAGACAUUGGAUCACGUCUACAACAAGAAGAACUUCCACUACACCCACUGCAUCGCCGACCCUGCCUUCCCGUCCAUGUUCUACUACCGCAACACCGAGCCGCCCCCAUACGGCGCGCAUAUGAGCUUUGAGGACGCCGCCUCCCACAUGUUCUUCGACCGCGCCGGCAAGCACGUCACAUCCGACAAGGGGUUCCGGAUGUCGCGCGCCAAUGUGGCCGUCCGCGAGGGGCGCUGGUACUGGGAGUGCAGGAUCACGCGGGGGAUCCUGGCGAACCGGGGUGAGGGUGACCCCGAGUCGCACGGGCAUGUCCGGGUCGGCUUCGCUCGGAGGGAGGCGUCGUUGGACGCGCCCGUCGGCUUCGACGCGUACAGCUACGGCAUCCGGGACGUGGCGGGGCAGAAGGUGCACAUGUCACGGCCCAAGGACUUCUUCCCGCCGGGCGAGCAAAUCCAGGAAGGCGAUGUUAUCGGGCUGGAGAUACAGCUGCCGUCGGAGCGCCUCCACCGCAAGGUCGUGCAGGGCCAAUACAACCCGGCAAUCGACGCUGCCGACGAGGACUCGGACCUGGCGCCCGAGGCGCCCGACAUCAUCCGCGACCGCAUCCCGAUCCGCUUCAAGGCCCACAUCUACUUCGAGAAGAUUGACUACCACACUAGCAAGGAGCUCGAGGACUUGAUGAACCCGUCGGGGCACGGGCACAGCAACACGGAGCCGCCGAACCCGAAUCACCCGCUGCCCGCGCUGCGCACGCUGCCGAAUUCGUACAUCAAGGUGUACAAGAACGGUGUGCUCAUGGGCACGCCGUGGACGGACCUGCUGGCCUUUCUGCCGCCGGCGUCGAGGCAGGCGCAGCAGAGCGCUGGACGGGAGGCUCUCGACGACGGGACGCUGGGAUACUACCCGGCCGUGAGCGUCUUCCGCGGCGGCGCGGUCGAGGUGAAUUUCGGGCCGGAUUUCUGGUUCCCGCCGCCGGCGCCCGAGGACGCGGAGAUGCAGGGCGUCGACGGGCGGCAGAACCGACUCGGCAAGCUCCGGGCGGUGAGUGAGCGAUAUGACGAGCAAAUUGUCGAGGACAUUGUCUACGACAUCGUCGACGAGGUCGGCUUUUGGAUGGAGGACGGUGGCCAGGCGGGAGAGGGGGUUUGGUUUUUUCAGGGCUGGGGCUGGGGUGGUGGUGGUGUUGGUGGUGGCGGCAGCAGUGGUGGAAGUGUUGGCCUCGGCCACGGGCUGUUGGCCCGACUCGGCGUCACUAUCCCAGGUUAG